AUUCUUUACUUUACUCAUGUUUAACUGUUGACGAUUGACGGUGGUGUCGUACAUAUUUUAAUAAAUAUUUGCUGUAUUGUACUAGAAAUUAGUAUUAAUUAUAAGCAAUAUCAAUAAUUUUUAAACUAUACAAUUGUAUGUAAACUUUAUCAAUCUCCUGGUAUUGUACAAAAAGUUUUACGAACUAAAAUAUCGCCCGACACGUGACAAAAGUUUUAAAUUGUAAACAAGUGGUUUUUGAUUGAUUUUCAUUAAAAUGACUGAGAGUAAUGUUCUUGUGAUCGGGAGCGGUGGUCGGGAGCAUGCUUUGUGCUGGAAAUUGUCCGAUUCUCCCUUCGUGAAAAACAUAUAUUGCGCGCCUGGCAGUGUUGGUAUUUCGACUACCAAUAAAGUUCAAAGCGUCGAUCUUAACAUCAAAGAUUAUCCGGCUUUGGCGAAAUGGUGCAAAGACAAAGACAUAGAUGUAGUCAUUGUUGGACCCGAAGACCCCCUGGCUGAAGGCAUUGUUGAUGAACUGACCGCCCGAGGGGUCCAAUGCUUUGGUCCUACAAAGGCCGGUGCUCAGAUAGAGGCCAAUAAAGACUGGUCAAAGACUUUCAUGAAUAAGUACCAGUUACCAACAGCAAGGCAUAAGUCCUUCACUGAUGCUGCUGCAGCUAAGGAGUUUAUUAAUAACGCUCCGUACCCAGCUCUGGUGGUGAAGGCAUCUGGCCUCGCCGCUGGUAAGGGGGUAGUGGUCGCCGCGAACAAGGAGGAGGCCUGCCAGGCCGUCGACGAGAUACUGUCCCAGGCCAAAUACGGGGACGCUGGCGAAACUAUCGUCGUUGAGGAACUUUUGGAGGGGGAUGAGGUUUCGGUGCUCGCCUUCACUGAUGGAGAGACCGUGUCUGUCAUGCCUCCGGCGCAAGACCACAAGCGUAUAGGAGACGGUGACACCGGCCCGAACACUGGCGGCAUGGGCGCCUACUGUCCCUGUCCGCUGAUAACUUCAGACCAGUUCGCUGACGUCAAGGAUACGGUCCUCCAGCGGGCUGUUGAUGGGUUGAAGGCUGAGGGCAUCAAAUAUGUUGGUGUCCUGUACGCUGGUCUAAUGGUGACGAAAGCUGGUCCCAUGGUGUUGGAGUUCAAUUGCCGCUUUGGAGAUCCGGAGACUCAAGUUCUGAUGACUUUGCUCGAGUCUGACCUCUACAAAGUCGUAAAGGCUUGUGUCGACGGAACCCUAAAACAAAUGCAAGUGACAUGGAACACGAAACUAUCGUCUGUAGGUGUGGUAAUAGCCUCAAAAGGCUACCCGGAGACUUCUACAAAAGGAUGCGUCAUCAGUGGACUAUCGCAAGUCGCCAACAUGCCCGGGAUCGUGGUCUUCCACAGCGGCGUGGCCCGGGGCGCCAAUGGCACUCUAGUCACGUGGGGCGGUCGUGUAGUACUGGUAUGUGCAAGGGCUGCUUCACUGAGGGCCGCAGCGGCUGCGGCGACAGCUGCGGCCUCCGUGGUUGACUUCCCUGGAGCGCAGUACAGGAAAGACAUAGCGCAUCGGGCAUUUUCAAAAGUCAAUGGCCUAUCCUACCUGCAAAGUGGUGUGGACAUAGACGCCGCCGCGACUUUGGUACGACAAAUAGAACCUCUAGCCACGGCCACGCAUAGACGAGGAGUUUUGGGGAGACUGGGAUGUUACAGUGGACUCUUCCAACUGUCCGCUAUGGACCCUAGCCUGAAGGACCCUGUUCUGGUGCAGGGGACUGAUGGAGUAGGGACGAAACUCAAGAUAGCAGAAAUAAUGCAAAAAUAUGACACAUUAGGCCAGGAUCUAGUAGCCAUGUGCGUCAAUGAUAUAUUAUGCGCCGGCGCAGAGCCUUUCGCGUUUUUGGAUUACAUGGCCUGCGGGAGGCUUCAAGUUGAUGUGGCCACUACUAUCGUGAAGGGAAUCGCUGAUGCUUGUAUCAUGUCGGGCUGUGCUUUGCUGGGCGGCGAAACGGCCGAAAUGCCGACAAUGUACGACAUUGGGAAGUACGAUUUGGCCGGCUUCGCUGUCGGCGUAGUUGACAACUCGAAGCAACUCCCAUUGGUCUCCGAGAUCAGAGCUGGCGACGUGGUGUUAGCUAUGCCGUCGACUGGAGUGCACAGCAACGGUUACAGCCUUGUGCAGAAGAUCAUGGCCGAGAGUCAUUGCAAGUACACAGAUAAGGCACCGUUCAGUACUACUAACAAAUCAUACGGCGAAGAGUUCCUAGUUCCUACUGGAAUCUACGUCCACGCGUUACUUCCAGCCAUAAAAGAAGAACUUGUCAAGGGCCUGGCCCAUAUUACUGGUGGGGGACUAUUGGAAAAUAUCCCCAGGAUUCUACCGCCGGGUAUCAGAGUGAAGUUGGACGCUACCAAGUUCAAUAUUAAGCCCAUUUUCGGUUGGCUUCAGGCUACAGGCAUGGUAUCCGACUUCGAAAUGCUACGCACCUUCAACUGUGGUGUUGGCAUGGUCGUGAUCGUGGAUCCUGAGUUGGUGCCGAAGGUGCUAGAAGCUGUGGACGGGGAGAUCGCAGUCAUUGGUGUUGUCGAGGAUAUUGGGAAAGAAGGUGGUCAUCAAGUGGUAGUAGACAACUUCAAAGAAGCCAUGCAGCCCCUAACUUCUCCGUACGUCAGACAGAGUCCUGGCAACAAGUCUCUUUCUUACAAAGACAGCGGUGUUGACAUCGAGGCGGGAGAUUCAUUAGUAUCGCUUAUUAAACCUCUUGCCAGAUCCACGACUCGUUCCGGCGUAUUGGGAGGUCUUGGAGGCUUCGGUGGCUGUUUCCAACUAAAAGCCGUGGAACAAGAAUAUAAGGACCCGGUACUGGUCCUAGCAGCGGACGGCGUCGGCACCAAAUUGAAAAUCGCCCAGAAAAUCAACCAGCACAGCACGAUCGGCGUGGAUCUGGUCGCGAUGUGCGUCAACGACAUCCUGUGUAACGGCGCGGCGCCCGUCACGUUCCUGGACUACUUCGCGUGCGGCGCGCUCGACGUCAGCGUGGCGCGCGGCGUGGUCUCCGGCGUCGCCGAGGGCUGCCGCCAGGCCAGCGCCGCCCUCAUCGGUGGAGAAACAGCGGAAAUGCCGGGCAUGUACGAGGCGGGAGUGUACGACAUCGCCGGCUUCGCGCUCGGCGUCGUGGAGAGGUCCAACAUACUGCCGAAGAUCAACGAUAUCACGGUGGGCGAUAUCAUAAUCGGUCUACCAUCAAACGGUGUUCACAGCAACGGUUUCAGUCUGAUUCACAAGCUAAUGAAGAAGUCUGGGCUGACGUUAACCGACAGGGCGCCUUUCAGCAAGGAGGGACUCACUUUGGGCGAAGAACUUAUUAAACCUACCCGCAUAUACGUUCGUAGUGUACUCCCCGCACUACAAAGCGGACGUGUAAAGGCGGUUGCUCACAUCACCGGCGGAGGCUUGACCGAGAACAUUCCGCGGGUCAUACCGCCGUCAGUGCGCGCUCGCCUUAACGCUCAUUGGUGGAACGUGCACCCGGUGUUCGCCUGGAUCGCAGACGCGGGAUCCGUGCAAGAUGACGAGAUGCUGCGAACCUUCAAUUGUGGCAUCGGAAUGGUGCUUAUAGUGUCACCAGAGGAUCAGGCUUAUGUGAUGAACAGCACCCGAGCCCAUGGUGCGAUGGUGAUCGGCAGCGUGCAGGCGCGGCCGGCGGGUGGCGCUAGAGUGGUGGUGGACAAUUUCGCUAGUGCCGUGGACUUUACUAGGCGGAUGCCGCUUUUGCCUAGCAAGAAGGUGGCGGUACUUGUAUCCGGAAACGGAAGCAAUCUCCAAGCGUUGAUCGACACGACUCGCGACCCGUCUCAAUGUAUGUGCAGCGAAAUAUCUCUCGUCAUCAGCAAUAAAAGCAACGCGUUCGCUUUGACGAGGGCCGAGAAGGCUGGCAUACCCACUUUGGUGUUCAACCACAAAGAUUACGCAUCUCGCGAGGAAUUCGACCGCGCCAUCACGGCUGCGCUGGAGUCGCAUAAAAUUGACAUCGUCUGUCUGGCGGGCUAUAUGAGGAUAUUGUCCACUGAGUUUGUGCAGAGAUGGAAAGGCCGCCUGCUGAACAUCCACCCGUCGCUGCUGCCGCGCCACCCGGGGCUGCGUGCGCAGACGCAGUGCUUGGAGGCCGGCGACCGCGAGAGCGGAUGUACCGUGCAUUUCGUUGAUGAGGGAAUGGACACAGGACCCAUAAUUCUUCAAGAGCGAGUGCCAGUGUUUGCCAACGACACGGAAGAGUCUCUUACAGAACGAAUCCACCAGGCGGAACACCGCGCAUUCCCUCGGGCCCUGCGAUUGAUAGCCACAGGCCGCUGUCGGCUCAGCCAGGGGAAUAUUAUGUUCUCAUCUUAACGUCACAUCCUCUCCAAUAAAAUAUUAAUAAAAUCUCCAAUAAAAUUUUAAGAAAAUAAACAUGAUAUUGUCCGCUUGCCAUCCAUAGCUACAGGCCGCUGUCGGCUCAGCCAGGGGAAUAUUAUGUUCUCAUCUUAACAUCACAGUCUCUCCAAUAACAUAUCAAUCAAAUUUCCAAUAAAAUCGAUCAACUAGGCUACACCUACACCACUAGGCUACACGAUGAGCUUUACCUCGUGCCUUACAAUUUAUAGCUACAUACGGCUGCAGGCUUAGCCAGGGGAAUAUUAUGUUCUCAUCUUAACAUCACAUCCUCUCCAAUAAAAUAUUAAUCAAAAUCUCCAAUAAAAUUGUAAGAAAAUAAACAUGAUAUUGUCCGCUUGCCAUCCGGUUUUGAUUGAACCGUUUUCAAAAUUGCAUAUCGUUAUCAUAUCGAGUUACCUAACUGUAGAAUUUCUUUCAAAUAUUAAUAACAUGCCUGUAUGUCAAUCUGCGUUAUUAUAGAAAAAAUUCUAACAGAACCGAUCCACUAGGCUACUCCUACACCACUACACCACUAGGGUGAACGAUGAGCAUUACCUCGUGUCUUACCAUUGAUAAUCAAGGGAAUAUUUUGUUCUAAUCUUAACAUAUAACAUACUUUUAUAAACAUAAAAUAAUGGAUAUCACAUUUUUUUAAAUCAUGAAAAUAAUCAUAUGAGAUGUCAUGGCAUGACAUCCGCAGGUAACAACUAUUUUAAAAAUUGUUGCAUUUGUGUUUCCAUAUUGUUAAAUUUCUUGAGAAUUCAGCAGUCAUCUGAAGUCAUCACUGGUGUGAACAAUAUGUUCCUGUGACAGCGUUGCUGAACAUCGUGCGUUCUCGCGAAUCUUGCGCCAUAUUUGUUCUCAUGAUAACAUUAUAAACCAUCUGAUUAAGAUAAAAUAGAAUAGAUUUAUUUUCAAAAUUGGAUACAAAGUAUCACUUAUUGACGUCACAUCACUUAAGUCUAAUUAUAACUACUACCGCUUACAAAGCGCAUGUGUAGAAGAAGCGGCGGAACAAACUACACUGCAUAUUAUCAUCAAUCUCUAACGAAUUUCUUACCCUAAGUCUAAAAUUUAAUGGCAAUAAAAUAGCAUUCCCGCAUGUUAUUCGUAAUCAACAACAAUAAAACAGGAUUGCAUUUUGCUCCCUAAUAAAUGAAAUCGAAGAAAAUCGUAUAAAAGAGAGAAACGUAAACAUGCGUUAACGUGGAUGCUUUUAUUCCUGUAUCGAUAUUGUAAAUGAUACAUCGUCAAGAUAAAUAUGAAUAUGUAAUUAAAAUGAAAUAGUAUAUUUUCAUUCAACUAUACUAUCACUAGUGUUGACAUGAUCAAGAGGUUUGACUGAAAAUUGAAUAAUGAAUUUGAAUAAAAUUCUUGAAUAUUUACUAACAAUCAUUCCAUAUUAUAAAAAUAUAAUCAAUAUUUGCGAAUUAUGUAGAUAUUUAAAUGUUUAAUGAAUUACAAUUUGGGACCAAUUAAAUCUUUUAGUAUGACAUUUAGUUUGUUAUUUGUGUUUAAAUGACUUCUAAUAUAAUAAAGUACCUCAAAAUGCCAAUAGUAAUUUUUUUUGUGUCAACUUCGUGCCGAAGAUUUAAAUAAGCUGUUAAUACCUGAUAAUAACGUACCAAAUUCAGAAUUUGCUACUUCGCGACUUUUUUUUAUUGUUUUAAUCGACUGCAAUAGAUUAAAAAUAUACUGCCCGUAUUUUUUUAUGUAUUAAAUCAUAAGGCAAAGUAACAAAAUCUAUAUUUGGUAGGUCACGUUUAGAUAAGUUGGAUGUACUCUUCUCUGUACAAAUAUUGUCGAUGUUUAUAUUAUCUGAAUAAAUUCAGAUCUCUUUGGGUAAAACUGUGACUUUUCUUCCAUUUCUGAACCUCUAGUCACUAGAACUAGACUUAAAUGACUAUAUUAUAAUUUUGGCUCUCGAAUUACUAGAUCUUUAUUUUUUUUCUACAAUUUAAGUUGCUAAUUUUGAUUAAUUUAGGCACUUAUUCUAAUUUUAACUUGAAACACCAGACGGGAUAGUGCGAGGUUUACUCGAUCAAACGCGUCGAGCAAUUAAACGCAGUAUGUGAUUGAAACAGCGCCACCUAGUGGUAACUAAUGCAAUUCUAAUAAACUCGUACUAACCUCACCGUUCCUGUCUCUACUAGGUUUUAUUGGGGGCUUCAAUGAAAUGAUUUUUUUAAAUGAAAACUUGAAUUUUUACAAUAUAUUCCACUUCUAUGACUAAACUAAUAUGUAUUUCUCAUGUUUGUAUCAUCGAAGUAUACAAAAUAUUUUUUAACGUGAUAGUUUUUAUAAAAUAUAUUCUUACAUAUGUAUGUAGUGAUUUUAAUUAAUGUUUUUAGCAGCUCUCUCCCAUUUAGUGUAAUAUUACGAUUACAACGAACCGUACAUUCGCAACAAUUCUAGUUAUAUCAGCAAUUCAUUGUGCAAUUUACUUUUCAAUUUAUAUCACUUAGAUUAUUUAGGUGUUAUUUUUAAUAAAUAAAGCCAUUUUAUGUUA